AUGGCUUCCCAGCUGGUGCCGCAAAAGCCUUCUGCACCUCGUGCACGCCCUCAAGCGCCACGCAGGCAUGUAGUGUUGACUACGGCUUCACAGGUACAGGUGCAAAGACCAAACUCCUGUCCCUCCAUCGUGCCAACAUUCUCCGAAACCGGGCGUCCCGUAAGCGUGCAGUCCAUGCCAGACUUGAAGAAAAGGAGGGUGACCAUUCAAGAGACCCCUGACAUCAUCCUGUUCCUGGCGCUUCCGGAGGAGGCUACCAGUAGAUUGCUUCCUCCUGUUCGACCACUGGCUGCCAUUCUCGAGGAGUCCACAGAUUCAGGGUCCCCAAGCGCGACGCUUCCUCGUGUGGAGGAUGCCCCGCCUCCACCAUCUCUGUCACCUCGGCUGCUCCCAGCCGGGCGGGCCGGUCUGGGAGGCCUCAGGGCCCUCGUUGCAGACAGGGAGGCAGCCACACUGGCGAAGCUUUACCACAGCUUCUAA